CCGCCUCGGGACACCAGGUGCUGACCCCGCGGACCUGCCAUGAAACUACACUUGAAGCAAUGGAGACAAGGAAUGCUCUGCGGUAUAUUCGCUUGGGGUCUCCUCUUCCUGGUGAUCUUCCUGUACUUCACCGACAGCAACCCUGCCCAGCCCGCGCCCAGCUCCUUCUCCUUCCUGGAGACCAGGAGGCUGCUGCCGGCGCAGGGAAGGCAGCGGGCCAUCAUGGGCGCAUCCGAGGGCCUGCCCGAGGGCGCGGACGCUCGCCGCGGGCUGCCCCGCAGACACCCGUAUGGCCCCGUGCACGCGGGGCCGGGCGACCUGCGGGCGCGGGCCCCAGACGGCUUUGAAAAUGAAGGCGACUUCCUUUCGCCCCAGACGGGGAGAGCAUCGCAAAGCGCCUUCCCGCCGGAGGACGCCGCUCCCGGCCCGUCGGGGGGCCCGGAGGGGGCUCGGUCGGCGCGCCGGGCCCGGGGGCGGCGGGCGAAGCGAGGGGCCCGGAGGCCGAGCCGGAGCGCGGCGCCCGCGGUGGGCGAGGACGGGGAGCGGCUGUACUCGUCCACGUCCCGCGCGCUCCUGCGCCGGCUCUGGAAGGGCGACGCGUCGGCGCGGAUGCUGCACCCGCGCCUGCAGAAGGCCAUGGGCGCCUACCUGCGCGCCAACAAGCACGGCGUGCACUUCCGGGGGCGCCGGGCGGCCGGGCGGAGCCGCGCCGAGCUGCUGUGCGCCCUGCGGGGCCGCGUGCGGGUGCGCACCCUGGACGGCAGCGAGCCGCCCUUCUCGGCGCUCGGCUGGCGCGCGCUGGUCCCCGCCGUGCCGCUGGGCCGGCUGCUCCCGCGCGGCCUCCGGACCUGCGCCGUGGUCACGUCGGCCGGCGCCAUCCUCAACUCGUCCCUGGGCGAGGAGAUAGAUUCCCACGAUGCAGUUUUGAGAUUUAACUCUGCUCCUACACGUGGCUACGAGAAGGAUGUUGGAAAUAAAACCACCGUCCGCAUCAUUAAUUCCCAGAUUCUGACCAACCCCAGGCAUCACUUCAUUGACAGUUCGUUGUAUAAAGAUGUCAUCUUGGUGGCCUGGGACCCAGCUCCGUAUUCUGCAAAUCUCCACCUGUGGUACAAGAAGCCGGAUUACAACCUGUUCACCCCAUAUGUUCAGCACCGUCAGAGAAACCCAAACCAGCCGUUUUACAUUCUUCACCCCAAGUUUAUCUGGCAGCUUUGGGACAUCAUCCAGGAGAACACGAAGGAGAAGAUCCAGCCGAACCCGCCGUCCUCAGGCUUCCUUGGCAUCCUGCUCAUGAUGAGCCUGUGCGGCGAGGUGCACGUGUACGAGUACAUCCCGUCCGUGAGGCAGACGGACCUGUGCCACUACCACGAGCCCUACUACGACGCGGCCUGCACGCUGGGCGCCUACCACCCGCUGCUCUACGAGAAGCUGCUGGUGCAGCGGCUCAACACGGGCGCCCAGGGCGACCUGCACCACAAGGGCAAAGUCGUGCUGCCCGGGCUGCGGGCCGUGCGCUGCCCACCGGGAGCCUGAGGGGCUGGCCGGACUCCGAGUCCUGGAGAUGCUGGAAGGUGCCCCGGAGGUGGCGCGGCCUCCGGUCGCCAGCUGUGACUUCGUGGUGGCCACAGGGAUCCUUCCCUUUCUAAGCCAUUGAGUAUUUAAGACCGCUUUGAAUAUAGAAAUGGAACUCAAAGAAAUAAACUCAAGAAAGGUGCAAAAAACCUUUCGUAAAGAAUAGCUAGAAGAAAAGCAAAUGUAUAACAAAUGGGUAAAGAGCUCCAAAAUGUUAGUGUUCUCUUUACUAGGGCUGCUUUCAGCAGCAGGUGUCAGGGAUACACCUGAUAGGUGACACAGUUUGCACCUGGAAGCACCCAUGCUGAGGGACAGUACACGUCCCAUC